AUGCAAGCGCAAGGCUCCGCAUCGUUCAACGGCGCCUUGCGGUCGUCACCGCACUCGGCCUCCCCACAUGCGGCGCAUCACCAUCAUCAACACCGCCAUUCUCUGGUUGACCCACAAGAUAGCGAUGACGGCCAAAAUAGUGUUGAUGAUCUUGACCCCGACGAUGAUCCGGAGGUAGCUCGUCUCGGGAAGCGCAAGCGGCCUAUCUCGGUGUCGUGCGAGUUGUGCAAGCAGCGCAAGGUCAAAUGCGACCGGGGCCAACCAUCAUGCGGCUGGUGUAGCCGCAACGGCGCGUUAUGCGAGUACAAAGAGAGAAAAAAGCCGGGCCUCCGCGCCGGUUACGGUCGCGAGCUCGAGCAACGACUUGACAAGCUCGAGGAAAAGCUCCGCGUACACUCUGAGAUCUUGCAGUCGUUGACCACGAACAACAGCCCAACAAGCGGGCAUGGCACGGGGCCGACGGGUCUGACACAUCAGGGUGCCGCGAGCGUGAGGGAUAGCAACGCGAGCAUGCCAAGCGACCAUGGCACCCCACGAGAAGUGAUACCAUCGAUAUUCGGUCGGCCGACCCACGACACAAUGCGAACCCCACAGGCCGAGACCGCGUUGUUCUUGCAAAAGCCGUCGCGGUCAAUCGAUUUCGGAGUGACCGUCGGACAAGUGCAUGAUAGCUUCCCCUCCGCCAGCGCCAUAUCACCCCCAAGCCACCUGUCAGGGGCCAUGCCGCCCAGCGCUGCGGCCCAGGAAUACUAUGGACCGCCCCAUUCCGCACAACUGCAGUCGCCAUCAGUCACGACUCAACAUUCGGGACAGCUAUCAGCAGAACAGGAGCUACCUCCAUAUGAUCUGCUGUAUGCCCUGGUGGACCUUUAUUUCAAGCACGUCAAUACCUGGUGUCCCAUCCUCCACCGCAAAACCACCCUCGACUCGUUAUUCGGACCGUCUAUGAUCGACGAGGAGGACAAAAUUUUGUUACACGCCAUCGUUGCUACGGCACUACGCUACUCCACGGAUGUUAGAUUAACAGAAGACAGUCGGCAACGGUUUCAUGACGCUUCAAAACAGCGGGUGCUUUUGUAUGGGAUGGAGCACUUGUCAGUUAAGUCUCUCCAAGCGCUGGUCAUCCUGGCUUUGGACCUGUGCGGAAGCAGCAAUGGCCCUCCCGGGUGGAACAUCAUGGCGCUUAUCACUCGUGCCGUGGUCACACUCGGGUUGGCGGUGGAAAGCAACUCGUUCUCGGUAGCGCCCAACUACACAUCUAUUUACACGUUGCGGGCCAUGAUAUUGCCUGAGCCGAGAGACUUCAUUGAGGAGGAAUCCCGGCGGCGACUCUUUUGGAUGGUGUAUUUGCUGGACCGAUAUGCCACAAUCGCCACGGCCUUUGACUUUGGGAUCGACGAUUGCGAGAUUGAUCGAUCACUGCCGUGUCGGGACGACCUGUGGAUGAAGAACCAAAAGGUGGAUACCCGCUGGUUUCGGGCCGACGAUAUAAAGCCCGGCGAUAGCAAUGCCGGCGGGGGAUCAGAACCCGAAAUCGACAAACCUGAAAACCUCGGCGCCUUUAGCUAUUACAUCGAGAUUUUAGGCACACUUUCCAAGAUUCACAAGUUCCUCAAGCAGCCCGUCGACAUCAGCGCGUUGUCAGAUGUCGAGACCUGGCAAAUGCGCUACAAGGAGCUGGACAACACCCUCGCAGCGUGGAAGUUCAACCUCCCCGGGGAAUACGGGAACAUGGCCAAGCUCUUCCAGCCAGCCUCGGCCAAGACGCUUAACUGCGGCUGGGUGAUGCUGCAUGCGACCUACCACACUGCCGUCAUACGCCUGCACUCGUCGGCCGCCUACCCAACCACGCGGUCCCCGAUCUUCACGCCGUCCUACUCGGCAUCCCAGCGCUGCCACGCGGCUGUGGAAAACAUCGCUGCCCUCUGCGAAUUCGUCGUCGCCCAAAACCUCCUAUCAAAACUCGGCCCCCCUUUUGCUUUUACCCUCUGGGUUGCCGCGCGCGUCCUGCUCGUACACGGGAGCACUGUCGAGCGGAAGCUACAGGGAGGGCAGAUUGGCGCGUUUGUGGACACGCUGCGGGAAAUGGGCCGGUACUGGCCCGUUGCGGCCCGUUAUUGUAGUCUGUUGAGCCGGGUCCUGGAUGAACAUCGGGAUAGUGAGCAACGCGGGGCUAGCGAGGUCCCGGGCAGCGUCAGGAUUCUCGCGGAUAUGCGGAGAACGGCGUUUGAUUUGGACUUUUUGAUCAGUCGCCAGCCGAGACACGCUACGCCAGUGAUGAAUGGGAGCGGGAAUGGAACGGGACCAGGAGGGGGAGCAGGUGGUGGUGGUGGAGGAUGGCAAAGCCGCUUAGCGAGCGCUACACCUGCGUCGAGAACGCCGGCACCGAAUGAGCUGGAGUAUCUUGAUGUGUUUGACUUUUUCAAUGUGCCACGGCUACCGGCUGGGCCGGGCACUUCGGCAGCCGGGGCCGGGGCCGGGGCCGGGGCUGGAGCAGAAGCUACAGGCAGUGGGGUGGAUGCUGGCGCGGGCGUCGUGCAAGGGGAGUUUAAUAUCACGGAUUUUAUGGUGGAUGCCAAUCGGGACUGGCUUUUUCAGCAGGGCGAAACUAAGUUCCUAGGGUAA